CCACCAUCUCUGCUUCCUUCGCUUCGCCUUCCUCCUACCUGAUAAGCCGCACGGGAACUCCCCCCCCACUGCUGCCGCUCGCGCGCUCUCUCUCUUCUCACAUAUACACCCACAAUUCCUCACAUAUACACCCAAGCCCCUUCCCUGACCAUAUUUCCUCCUCCAUCAUGGACGAAAGAAAUUAAAAUAAAGUCCACCUUGUUCCCCCUCAUUUCACCCUUCUCCAAUCCCCUCCUUCCACUCCACUCCCUCCCCGCUUCCCCUCCCCCAAAUCCUAGGGUUUCUGCUCGACCUCGAACCCCCUCCGUCGAUCCCCCCCCAUUUCGAUCCUCAAACAUUCGCAUCCUCCGCUCAUCUAGGGUUUCUCGCAUGGACUCCUAGCCUGUAGAUGGCCCGCUAUGCUAGGGUGUAUCCCGCCCCCAUCGAGAUCCCGACAUGGGCGCCCUGACGGACCACCACAAGCGCUGCUUCGUCGACCUCUGCCUCCCCUUCUCCCCCUAUUCCUUCUUCGAUUCCUCCUCAUCUCCUCCCUCCAAGAAGCCCAAGCUCCAAUUCGUCCCGUCCACUCCCGAUCGCGCGCCGGCGCCGGCGCCGCUGCCGCAUAACCUCCCUAGCUCCUCUCUGUCCUCUCCCCUGCCCCGCCCGCUCCACGGCCCUCAGCGAAUUCUCAAGGCUUUUGGUCUGGGAUCGGCCCGAAGGGCCCCGCCGAAGUGGUUUGGCCGGACUGAGCGGAGCUUUGACAUGGGGAACUUUGUUUCGAGGCUCUUUCAGCAAAAGAAAGAAGCUUGGAGCUCUUUGUCAUCUCGCCGGAAAGGGGAGGCAUCGGUGAGUGAGAAUGGGAGCCAUAAGAGGUUGAGAUUGGAGCAAUACAAGCGGUUGGUGGUGGGCUCGCAAGAGGAGCACUCGGGGGUAGUCUCGGAUUCCACAAAGGUAGGUCUUCCGCGGUCCUUCGCUUCGGCAGUGUCGGAUUUGACAAUUGUGACUAGGAAGGAUGAGGAACUGUCUGAGCCACAUGUUUUGAGUCGGAAGGUGGAAGAUGCGAGGAAAGUUGCAUUGGAGGCCAUUCCAGUGAGGGAGGAGAGGGCAUGGGUAAAGAAGGGACCUUUGUACAAAGAGUUGUAUGAGGAGGCGAAGAAGCAUGAUUCUAAAUUGAGUAGAUUAGAACUCGAGGUGAAGUUAACUGUGGAGAAGAUCUCCAGGUUCCGCUUAUUUGCAGCAUGGAGAGAGAAACCCAAGGAGGAUCUGCAUGAACUUUUUACCCCUCUUACGGAUGAAGAAGAGAAUGAAGUCUCUCAUGCAUUGUGGGGUGGUAGCAGUCAUGAAGUUCUGGUCACACAUGGGGCAUCUAAUAUCGAGAUUACAAGAGAGGUCUUGCAAUGCUUGAGUAGUGGUGCCUGGUUGAAUGAUGAGGUCAUAAAUGUGUACCUUGAGUUAUUGAAGGAAAGGGAAAGAAGAGAACCUGGAAAGUGUUUGAAAUGCCAUUUCUUCAAUACUUUUUUCUAUAAAAAGCUGAACAGUGGUAGAAAUGGUUAUGACUUCAAGGCUGUAAGAAGAUGGACUACCCAAAAGAAGUUAGGGUAUGGCCUUAUCGAGUGUGACAAAAUCUUUGUCCCUGUACACAAAGAUAUACAUUGGUGUUUAGCGGUUAUUAAUGUAAAGAAUGAAACCUUCCAAUAUCUUGAUUCACUCGGUGGCAUGGAUACUGUUGUGCUAAGAGUGCUGGCUACAUAUUUCAUGGAUGAAGUGAAGGACAAGAGUGACAAACAGAUAGACACGACAUCUUGGAAGCAAGAAUCAGUUGAUAACCUUCCUUUACAGAAAAAUGGGUGGGACUGUGGAAUGUUCAUGCUUAAGUACACAGACUUCUACAGUAGAGGUUUGAGUGUCUCUUUCAGCCAGGAACACAUGGAAUAUUUCAGGAAGAGAACUGCCAAGGAAAUUUUGAGGUUGAGAGCCGAAUGAAUCCAAGAACAAGUCCUUUUAGAUGAUAUCCAGCCUCAUGUUUGGUGGAUGAAAAGAUGGUUAAAGCAUAUGCAUGCAUAUGGGUCGGUUUUGAGUGUUGGCAUUUUGAAUUUCUUAGUGCUUGAUAUUGGAUUGGCUUCACUGAGGUGGCUAAAGCUAAAAUGGCGUAUGCUGGUGUUUGCAAAUUUGUAUAGUUUUCUCUAUGGUUCUGUAAUACCAGCUAGGUGUAAAGUUACCAAGGUGUAAAGUUACCGCAUUCUUAUAGUAGUUUGUAUAGCAUGAACAUCGAGGGCUGGGAAGUCGUAGUUUUGUUUCGAUUAGUGUUGUGGGUGGGGUGAGAUGCUAUCUUUUUCUUUUGUUAGCCCUGCUCUGCUUUCAAAGAUUUGUGCUGAUUGUUUUGUCAAAUCCAAGGACGCUAGUUUUUUUUUUUUUUUUUGACUGCUUGGAUUGUAGUAAACCUGAACUGUGGGAGAGCAUGAAUAUAGCUUCAUAUCAUUUUCGUUUA